UUCUUAGGCAGGAGUCCCAGACACCAACAGUAGCUGCACUCGGGUUGAGACGUUUUAAAGAUCAUCCAAGUAGGUGAUUGAUGGGAAGAACUAUUGCUAAAUGGAAUGAAUGAUGGGAACAACAUCGGAGUGGAGAAGUCGCGUUGCACACACUCUGACAGCGCUAUCGAAGAAAGGUGUGGUCUCCUCCUCGAGUGUAGCAGCUAACGCUCACUCGCUGCCUGAGCGCCAACGGAUGACUUGGCGCUAGGAGGACACGCUUCCAGAGUCCGGCCAACAUAAUCAGACUGUGACAUCAUGUGCCGGAAUCCAGGGGACUGGCUGCAAACAGUUAAUCAUCCUCCUCCGCGUGCACGUCCAAGGAUGAGCGACCCAGGAAGGUCCUAUCCGCCCCCAGUCUGCGUGUGCCAGUGUUAGCGUAGCAUGCUAACGUCAACGCAAAGCCAAAUCACUUCGCACAUGCAGCAGAAAUUAAUGGGCCACAAGAAAAGUAGGUGUAAACUAUUGGAAAACGCUGACUUGCAGAAUACUUUUGACCAGCGGUAAUUCACCGCAGACAGAACAGGUUCUGCUGCUGUUGCACAGAACUUCAUCUCGACAUGGACUCGCCAACUAAAAACCACUAGUAAUAUCCGUGUUUCCCUCUUUUAUCCGUCUGAGACCGAGCUCGGAUUAUGAUCCGUGAUUUAUGAGCCAAACAGUCCAAGUUAUUUUAGAGUUCUGGCUUGGGUUAAAGACCCGACAGCUGAAAGUAUUAACAACAAAACUUCUUCUGUUCGUCUCCCAAAUGAGACCUUUCGAUUCCCAGAUGUGUUUGAAGGAGUCAUUCCUGCUGCAAGACAGUUGUUGGUCUGUAGAAACCUUCACGAUGUCUGUGGUCUCUGGACCAGAAGUGACGGAUCGAACGCGGGACUUUGGACAAUCCCAGUUAUUUACAGCGGCCGUGAUGUUCCUGCGCGUCUUACUCACUCUGUGCACCUCAAUGUUCCAGCUGUUGUCAUCUCUCUGGUGGAACGUAAAUCAUGAGCAGUCAGGCGUGCUCCCCCUGGGCAUGUUCUGUGACUCAGGGGAGGGAAUAACACUUUCAGUCAUGUCCCGCUGAACAGCCCGCUCUUAAAUGCAGCCUGGUAAAACAUGCUUGUCUUUCACACUCCUUUCUUUUGAAACACAUUAUUCUACAGCUCUAAAUCGCAGCUGAAGGGGACAAGUGCAAACUGCUUGACGACUUAGUUGUUGUGCAAUUUUCUGAUCCAGGAGAAAGUCUCGACCUGUUGCUGCAGCAGCAUCUUAAAACCUGCCUGUAGUCGGGCGUUGAUGCUGUUUUCAUGUAGUCAUUAAAGGUGAUGGACAUUUUUAAAGAAGCAAAAGUCACACUGAGUCAUCUGCUUACAGAGAAACAAGCAAGAAAACCAUCUGGCAACGCUCCACAACACAGUGUAACACCUCAGUUUCUGUGCUGGAGCUGCUUCCCAUAGAAGUCAAUAGGAACCGGGGUUCAGGGGUGUGAAUGCAGUGUUAACCAGGUGUGUGGUCGUCAGCGCCUCUCCUCCUGUCAGGCAUCAUGUUACCAUCUUUGUGUUGUUGACAUAACCUUAGUUGCCAUGGAGACCUGUGGUAGGUGUUAACCCCUUUAUGUUGUUUUUUCGUCUUGCAUGUUACAGAAUUUUGAUAUGAGCAGAUACAAACUACAAACUAAAAAUAUAAAUGAUUUGUAUAGUACUAUUUAUUACAUAAUUUGCCUCAAGAAACAAAUCUCAUUAAUCAAUAUGUUUUUAAGCUCCUCUUACCAGAUUCUUGGCGAUAUUUUGAGCGGCUCUGUGAACCAGAAGCCAUGAAAGUGAUGCUCAUAACUCAUUUUUAGAGCUGUUGUGAUGGUAGCAGUUGUUGCUCACAGUUGUUAACGAUGCUGUAAACAAGCCCCAGUGGCUUGUUUCUAGUGGUUUUCAGCUGACACUGGCUCUCAGAAACGUUUUUGGGACCUGGGCAGAGUUUGACACAGCGUGAAUGUGAAUGUGAAUACGUUGCAGAGAAGAGGCGAAGAAGUCGAAUGACGUGUCCCAGUUGGAAGCAGCGAUGGAGAGAACACGCCGAGUAAACAUUCGCUAUCUUUGGGCCUGUUUCCGCUGCAGGUCAAAGCAUAAUGAUCCAAGCUUGGCAAGUCUCUUCACCUCUCACACACCUACGCUGUGAGCUCACGGUCACACCCACAGCGAUAUGCUCGGUCCUGCACCUGCACACGAGCCUUUCCCAGAGAAGCAGGGGCUCUCAUCCCUCCCACAUCUGGGUUCACAGCCUGAAGCCGCCUUUCAUCUGAAAAAGGCCAGUCGGCGCUGCCUUUAUCACUUCCUGUAGUUUUGUGUUUCGGGAACGGGAACAGUUCACCAAAUCACCUGAAGCCUUAAAAGUCCUGCUUCGAGUUCCUGUGGCAUUAAUCGAGGAUGAAGAACAUGGAUCCAGAUGUUGUGGUCCAUAUGUCCAGUCUAUUUUUAGCUCCUCUUUCAUUUUAGAGCCUUGCUCAUCACAGCUGCAGGCGUCUCUGUGCUUCCCAUUUGUCCAGAUAACCUUUAAUCUGAGUGACACACUCACUCUUUCCUCUGUUAGAACAGAGGCAUUCUGUGAAAAAACUUGGGGCAGAAAUAAACCAAAAGAGAAGAGAAGAGGAGGUCAAAGAUGAAAACCUAACCCUAACGUCACCUAAACUGAUAUGAUUGAUGACAGAGGUAAGAAAUAAAGACUUUUUAGCUGAGAUUAGUUUAUAAAUUAUAGAGAAAUAAACACAUAAUGGAAAUUUAAAGCAUUAAAAUAGAUUAAUUUAUUUAGCAGGAGAUCUAAUUAUUGCAUCAGUGCAUGUGAAAAAAUAAUAUGAUCAAAUAUGGUCAAAUAAAUACAGCGCCAAAUAUAUUGCAGUUGAUGAAUCAUCUCUUCGCUUAAUGCCUCUUACGUUGUGCUGCUCACUGAGUCCCCUAGUGGCCAGAGCCGUAAUUACAGCGUACAUAAACCAUUAGUCGUCAGCUAUAGUUUAUAGAUACGAGCUAAAGGGCGAGUUUAAAGCUGUAGGGGAUGGAAUAACAUUUAACACUUUAUAUGGCUUUUUAAACUAUACAUAUAACGUAUAAUUAUUUUAAUUAGUUGCUGAAUUAUCUGCUCAACGCCCCGGUCAUAAUUUAAAAUAUGAGAGAGUUUUUCUUUGUCUUUUUGGCGAACGUCAGCCCAUUUGAGCAGUUAACCUUUUAUUCGACCGGAAACGACCGAAGUCUUGGCUCCGCGUGAGCUUGAAAUAUUUGUCCGGUGAUGGAAACGCAUUUUUCCGCUCGGUGUGUGCGUCUCGCAUAUUCCUCUGCCGAGCUGUGAGGUAAGACAGCACGUCCGUCCUUCUCCCUCACGCGUCCCUCCCAUUGGUCCAGGAGGAGCCUCAGGAAUGUCCUUCAACUCCUUAAAUAGCGCUUGGAUCGGCAGAAUAGUCAGUAGAAUAAGUGAAGCAGCGGAAUAAACGCCGGAGAGGAGCUUGAAGACGUUUCACUCUGAGCUGAUGAGCUUCUUUGCAAAGUAGAGGAAGAGAAACAUAAACCAGACGAGCUGGGACUUUAUUCCUACAGCACAACUUCAUUCUAAAGUGGACUCUGAGGUCUGAGGUGAAGAUGACGCUGAGUGGCAUCUUUUUGCUGCUGUUGCUUUGGAGCUGUGAAGCUGCAAGACUGGCAGAGAAUCCAGACGAUAACAGUGUGUUCGACCUCUUCGACCUGGCUGGUGUGAGUAAGACCAACCACGGGGUGAGGUGGGUGAGAGGCGAGGACCCGUACAGCCCGGCCUUUAAGGUCAUGAACGCAGACCUGAUCCCCCCAGUCCCCGACAGCGCCUUCAGGGACCUGCUAGACUCCAUCCAGGCUGAGAGGGGCUUCCUCCUCCUGAUCAACCUGAAGCAGUCCAAGAACAGCAGGGGCGGCCUUCUGACCGUCGAGAAGACCGACGGCUCCGGACCCAUCUUCGAGCUCAUUUCCAACGGCAAGGCCGACACGCUGGAUGUGGUGUACUCCAGCGCCGAUCAGCAGCAGCUGGUGUCCAUCGACGACCCGAACUUGGCCAGCGGCCACUGGAAGAACAUCACGCUUUUCGUGGAGGACGACCAGGCGCAGCUCUUCGUCGGCUGCGAGGAGGUCAACGUCGCGGAGAUGGAUUUUCCCAUCCAGAAAGUGCUGAGUCAGGGGGUGGCAGACAUCGCCCGGCUCAGGAUCGGAAAAGGGGCCGUGAAGGACAAGUUCACGGGGGUGCUUCAGAAUGUGCGCUUCGUCUUUGGGACCUCGCUGGACGCCAUACUGAGGAAUAAAGGAUGCCAGCGAGGAGCCUCCUUAGCUGAUAUCAUGACCCUGGACAACCCAGUCAACAACUCCAGUCCUGCCAUCAGGACCGAUUACACCGGCCACAAAACCAAAGAUCUGCAGUCUGUGUGUGGCUUCUCCUGUGAGGAGAUCACCAGCAUGUUCAAGGAGCUGAAGGGACUCGGCGUGGUCGUCAAACAGCUGACCAACCAGCUCCGCAAAGUGUCUGAAGACAGCAUGCUUCUCAGAAAUAAGAUGAACAUCACCGGAAUUUGUGUCCACAACGGCAUCAUGUACAGAGACAGGGACGAAUGGAGCGUGGACGGAUGCACCGAGUGCACCUGCCAGGAGUCGGCUACGGUGUGUCGUAAGAUCUCCUGCCCUCUGAUCCCCUGCGCCAACGCCACCGUGCCGGACGGAGAAUGUUGCCCCCGCUGCGCUCCACCCAGCGACUCGGCCGAGGACAGCUGGUCGCCCUGGUCUGAAUGGACGCACUGUUCGGUGACGUGCGGCCGCGGCAUCCAGCAGCGCGGGCGCUCCUGCGACCGCAUCAACAGCAACUGUGAGGGCACCUCUGUGCAGACGCGUGACUGCUACCCCCAGGAAUGCGACAAGCGCUUCAAACAGGAUGGAGGCUGGAGCCACUGGUCCCCCUGGUCCUCGUGCUCCGUGACCUGCGGUGAGGGCGUCAUCACCAGAAUACGCCUCUGCAACUCUCCCACGCCCCAGAUGGGCGGCCGGGCCUGCCAGGGCGACGGGCGCCAGACCGACAUCUGCACCAAGUCGCCGUGUCCCAUUAACGGAGGCUGGGGGCCGUGGUCGCCAUGGGACACCUGCUCCGUCACCUGUGGUGGGGGGGUUCAAACUCGCAACCGCCUCUGCUCCGACCCUGUGCCCCAGUUUGGAGGAAAGGACUGCGUUGGCGAUGCCACCGUGUCUCAGCUCUGCAACAAGCAGGACUGUCCCAUCGACGGGUGCCUUUCGAACCCCUGCUUCCCUGGCACAAAGUGCACCAGCUUCGCCGACGGCUCCUUCCACUGCGACAAGUGUCCGCCGGGCUACAGCGGCAACGGCAUCGUCUGCAGGGACAUCGACGAGUGCACAGAGGUUCCUGACGCCUGCUACAGUCACAACGGGGUCCACCGCUGUGAGAACACAGAGCCGGGCUACAACUGCCUGCCCUGCCCGCCGCGCUUCUCCGGCCCCCAGCCCUUCGGAAGAGGCGUGGAACAGGCCACGGCUAAAAAGCAGGUCUGUAAACCCCGGAACCCGUGUCAGGACGGCAGCCACAACUGCAAUAAAAACGCUAACUGCAUCUACCUGGGAGUCUUCUCCGAGACCAUGUUCCGCUGCGAGUGCCGGCCGGGGUACGCGGGCGACGGGCGCAUCUGUGGAGAGGACAGCGACCUGGACGGGUGGCCCAACAGGGACCUGGUGUGCGUGCAGAACGCCACCUACAACUGCAGGAAGGAUAACUGCCCCAGCCUUCCCAACUCAGGCCAGGAAGACCACGACAAAGACGGCGUGGGUGACGAAUGUGACAAUGAUGAUGACAACGAUGGGAUCCCCGAUGAUAGGGACAACUGCCCCAGAGAGUACAACCCCGGCCAGUACGACGCCGACAGGGACGACGUGGGCGACAGCUGCGACAACUGCAUCUUCGAGGCCAACACGGACCAGACGGACACCGACAGCAACGGCGAGGGCGACGCCUGCGCCGUGGACAUCGAUGGCGACGGAAUCCUCAACGAGAACGACAACUGCCCGUACGUGUACAACGUGGACCAGAGGGACACGGACCGGGACGGGGUCGGAGACCACUGCGACAACUGCCCUCUGGAGCACAACCCGGACCAGUUCGACUCCGACUCGGACCGCGUGGGAGACAAGUGUGACAACAACCAGGACAUUGAUGAGGACGGCCACCAGAACAACCUGGACAACUGCCCCUACAUCCCCAACGCCAACCAGGCCGACCACGACAAAGACGGGAAGGGCGACGCCUGCGACCACGACGACGACAACGACGGCAUCCCUGACGACAAGGACAACUGCCGCCUGGUUUUCAACCCUGAUCAGCUGGACUCCGACGCUAACGGCCGCGGUGACGCCUGCAAAGACGACUUUGACCAAGACAACGUCUUGGACAUCUAUGACGUCUGCCCUGAAAACUUCGCCAUCAGUGAAACCGACUUCCGCAGAUUCCAGAUGGUUCCUCUGGACCCCAAGGGCACCUCGCAGAUCGACCCCAACUGGGUGGUCCGGCAUCAGGGCAAGGAGCUGGUCCAGACCGUCAACUGCGAUCCUGGCAUUGCUGUUGGCUAUGACGAGUUUAGCGCAGUGGAUUUCAGCGGAACCUUCUUCAUCAACACGGACAGGGACGACGACUACGCUGGCUUCGUGUUCGGCUACCAGUCCAGCUCGCGCUUCUACACGGUGAUGUGGAAACAGAUCACGCAGACCUACUGGUCCCACAUGCCCACCAGAGCCCAGGGCUACUCAGGCCUGUCAAUCAAAGUGGUCAACUCCACGACAGGACCCGGCGAGCACCUGAGGAACGCCCUGUGGCACACCGGAGACACUCCAGGACAGGUGCGCACUCUGUGGCACGACCCCAAGAACAUUGGCUGGAAAGACUUCACCGCCUACAGGUGGCACCUGACCCACAGGCCCAAGUCUGGGCUGAUCAGAGUGGUCAUGUAUGAAGGCAAAAGAAUCAUGGCUGAUUCUGGGAACCUCUACGACAAGACGUACGCCGGUGGGCGGUUAGGCUUGUACGUCUUCUCUCAGGAGAUGGUUUACUUCUCAGACCUCAAAUACGAGUGCAGAGAUACAUAAGAAGAGCACGUCUUCCCGUCAGUCUGAAUAUAUAACGCGUGACGUGGAUCCAGAUCUAUUUACAGUUGUCCUUUGAGAAAUGCACAUUGAAGAGGAGCCAACAUGAGGCAAACUGACCUCAGGACUUUAGGCCAAUUGAAAGUUGAGUGAUAAUAUUGCACCACUGCAUCAAACUCCGAAGAAGUUUCCCUUUUCACGUCCUGUGCUCUGAUCCACAUUUAUCGCUUUGCACACCUGAACUGCUGGUGGGAGGUGGUGUUACCUUGAGGGACCAAAGCGAAGAGUCUUCCAUGUUUUUUAUAUAUUUUUUACGUAUUUUUUUGAAAUCAUCAUUGUAGAUCUGCUGUGGACUCAAAGAUUCUUGUUUCAGUAUGAAGACAGCGGUAGGAAAGGGCUGUUCGCCCCUUGAAGGACCUGUUGAGGGACCGUGGACAGUAUGAACUGACUGUUACUAUCAAAGAGAGUGAAUGGGUUCUGUGUGCGUGUGCCACAAACGUAGUGAGUCUAGUUACAGACGUUCUUAUAAUACCCUUGGACGAGCCCUCACCCCUCAUUCAUGCAAAUCUGUAGACACGAGCUCUCAGAGCCGGCGCCACAUUUUCAUCUUCUCAGGAAAACGCACAAUAAGAACCGAGGAGACGCGACAUUCAGGACGACCCAGGCCCCGAAGCAGACACGAAACACUGUAGAAGCCCUCAUUCAUCUUACUCCUAAUUGGAAGCGUCAGCAGAGAAGAGCAGGAGCCGCUCCGUGUGCCGCGAGUGGCUUCAUCUCUGCAUCUGAAAUAAAUGUCAGGAUUUAGCCACCGAUCAAGUGGGCGAUGGGCAUCGUCCCGCGGCUCUGAACAUCCUGCACAGUGUGCACGCGCGGCGCGCGAAAGCUUGUGUGCUCAUUCCUGACGAGGGAAAAUCAAAGGAAACCCUUUAUGUACAAAUAUUACCUCAUUCAUUCUUUCUGUAUUAAGGCCAGCAAUACACAAGAAUCAGAGUAUGGAUCGGUUGGCUUUAGUAUCAUUUGUUUGCUGUACAUAAGAUAUUUUUAUAGCAGGAGAAGCCCAGACAGGAACAUGAGGAUUAUACAGAUGUCGCUGCGAUUGUGUUGUGCUGAGUAUUUUCUGUGCAUUGUUUUGAUAAAUUAUUCUGUCUCUUAUUUUAUCGGUGUAGAUAUAUGCUAUUUAAAUAAUUUAUCUAGAAGCGUAGCGGAAGCGUUUCUGUUUGUAUAAACUCAUUUGCACACUGACAUGAGGAUGUCUUUGUUACAUUUGUUUAUGUAUGUGUCUUUUUUAAUUAUUAGUAAAGCUUUUCUAUAAACUUUGUACAAUAGUUUGGACCCAAAGUGCUGUUUUUAAUCUUACCUGAUAUUUUUCAAGUGAACAAUAAAUAGUUGUCUUUA